AUGGCCUUCUUCCACAGCCCUCAGUGGCAACUUCUGAGUCUGCUGUUCGCAUGUCUUGCUGUGCAGCAUCUCUACAUGCCCUUCAAUCCUUUUGGCCCCGCUGAUUCGCUUGUUGCACCCCAAGACACCUCGUUUCGCAAAGACUGGAAAGACUUUUCCGAUCUGAAGAUCAAAAAGCCGUCUCUCAAGGCCUACUUAUCCGUAUUUCAUUAUGUGGACGAAGAUAAUCAAUGGCCCAACAUAACUCGCUCUUUUGAGGAUCGGAAGGUAUUUCACGAGAAAGUGCAGCGAUCUACCCUGGGCUUCCUACUGAUUGCUCCUGAGAUAGAUUAUUCGACUGAUGAGGCCAAGAACUUUGUCACCUUGCUAAAGGAGCUUCGCGAGUCAUUUGGUGAUAAGUACGCUGUAUCAGCUACCAUCGAGGCCACAGAAUGUGAUUUUAUCCGCGGCCUGAAGGGUCACGACCUUUCUGGAAUGGCUGAGCAUCUUGACCAUCUCACGUUCUUUCCAUUCUCUCGCACCACCAAAUGCGCGAGACGACAGCCGCCAAAAACUGAAAUGGAUAGCGCAUUUGGUAUUGAACGUAGCCUCAGACUGUUGCGGCAAGCCAAUAUUGACCCUGAUAAACUUUCAAUGGCAUUGGAUCUGGGUGUUGAUACAGACGAAUUUGAAGAUCCAAAGUGCAAUACUGCCGGAUGUCCUUCGUUACCAGUUCCUUUCGUUAAUAACCGGGGUUUCACGUCAUAUGAAAUUGAAAGUGUCAUUGAACGCGAGUCACCAGAAGUGCACUAUAAUGAGUCCAGUGCUUAUAGUUGGUUUAUCUAUCAUGAAAAUGACGGUCUCUUCAAUGAUUAUCGAUUGGUCAGAUUCAAGAAUGCCGAAGCGUUGAAGAAAAGGGCCAAUCUUGCCAACAAACAUUGUCUCGGGGGUCUUUUCGCCUGGUCCAUAACCGACGGUGGACCGGCAACUCUGACUAACCCUAAUGAUUUAGAUCCGUCUGAUAAGAGCAUGCGAGGCGCGCGUUUGAGCAAUGAUACAAGCUGGAGUACAAGGGCCACGCCCUUCGCUACGAGCACACAGAGCACCAGUUUGAGUACUGAAACAAGUAACAGCGACGCUGACACUAAUGUCAAUACGGAGGGAUUAUCCUGCCAUCCUGCACUUGGAAGUGUCCACGUUCCAAUUGCUCAGCUGGGUUGUGAUUCUAACAGUACUUCAACUGCUUCUCACAACUCUGAUGCACCAGUUAAUGCUGAAGAGGGUGCCCCUAGCCCUACUCCCGCUGCUCCCCACGAAACUGGAACCCCCGAUGAACCCAAUGCAACGGAGAAGGAUGAUGAUCCGGGCACCACUCCUGGCGAGUCCACCAAUACUCCCUGA